GUAUGGCACAGGGGCCACGUCAAAGCCAAGGGCUAGCCCGUUCCACGCCCUUAAUUCUAGUUGUUAUUUUUUUCCUCGGCGCGGCCCUAAAAUUUUACAAGCCGGGCUACACCGGGUUCGAUCCUCGAUUGUAAAAUUUACAGCCGAGCCCAAAUUGAAUUUUCGAGCCUAUUCUAACCAAUAAUUUUCGGUCCUGGCCCGACCCAUUUGUAGCCCUACUACAGAAUCGCGACCUUCUCCUUCCCCUUGGUUUCCAGCGUGUCUUCCUCAUCAGAAACCGUAGGGCGCCAUGGCGAGAAUCAAGGUCCAUGAACUACGGACUAAGUCCAAGACAGAGCUUCUUAACCAACUGAAAGAGCUUAAGGCUGAGCUUGCAUUGCUCAGAGUUGCCAAGGUCACUGGGGGUGCCCCCAACAAGCUCUCAAAAAUUAAGGUGGUACGGCUCUCAAUUGCCCAGGUUCUCACUGUCAUCUCUCAGAAGCAAAAAGCUGCACUGAGGGAAGCCUACAAGAAGAAAAAGUUCCUCCCCUUGGAUCUCCGCCCAAAGAAGACUCGUGCAAUUCGACGCCGUCUCACUAAGCAUCAGGCUUCCUUGAAGACCGAGAGGGAGAGCAAGAAAGAGAAAUAUUUCCCCAAAAGGAAAUCCGCCAUCAAGGUUUAAAGCAGUGGCGUGUAGUAUGCUGCAGUUCUGAAAUAUUUUAACCCAUUUGUCUUCCAUGGUUUUGUGGAUUCUGAACUCAGUGAUUUCCUUUUUGUUCACUUUAUAUGCUUCUUUUGUUUCGAGGGAUAGGCAGUUAUUUGAAUAUAUUAGAAGAAUUGGGGAUUCUUUUUUUUGAAGGAAAAGUAGUUUAUGCA